AUGAGGAAGGUCGCGCGUCGCACUGAUCAGAUUAAAGGCGCAAAGUCAGCCGGUGCCCGUCGCUCUGUGACACUAGAUGCAUCUGCCUACUCUGAGCCUGUGGGCUCAUCAAUUUUACGUGCAAUAUCUUUACGUCAAAUUCUUUGGGCGGAAUUAACUGAGACUGAACUCGUCGUCAAUUACGCAAAGGAGGUUUCCAAGACUAUUCUUCAAGCAGCAGUACUGAAGUUUCAAAUCGAAGAGGAACGAGACCGAGUGGAAGCAUGGGCUUCUAGGCUUAAGGAUCGCGCAUAUGGCGAAUCCCAGCAGCAGAAGCGAGUCAAAGUGGUGAUCAAACCAAAGAGUGGAAAAGGACAAUCCGAGAAGAUCUACGCAAAAGAUGUUGCACCAAUUCUUGAUGCUGCACAUCUUUUUAUUGAUGUGACGAUAACAAAGGCAUCAAAGGAAGCAAUAGACAUCGUGGAAAAACUUGAUAUUGAAGCUUACGAUGCAAUCAUUUGUUGUUCUGGGGAUGGCCUUCCAUUCGAAGUUUUCAAUGGUCUUGGAAAACGCAAAGACGCGAAGACAGCUCUCUCUAAAAUGGCCAUUGGGCACAUACCUUGUGGAUCUGGAAAUGGUUUGCAUUGCAGUCUCCAUGGUAAUAUCAGAUCUAGUAGUAUUGCAGCACUGUCGAUAAUCAAAGGUAUUCGUACACCAUUAGACUUGAUAUCGAUCACGCAGGGUGAGGAACGCCAUCUAUCGUUCCUGUCGCAAGCCCUCGGUAUCGUGGCUGAGUUUGAUCUGGGAACGGAGCAUUUAAGGUGGAUGGAAGGAACACGAUUCAUCUACGGCUUUGUUCUCAAAUCCCUUCAAAAGAAAAUCUUUCCCUGCGAUAUCGCUGUCAAAGUAGUCACAGAUGACAAGGCAGAAAUCAAGAGGCGUUAUCAUGAAGCUAUAGAGCUUAGGAGUACCUCUGAAGAAGUAUUACGAGAAAAUGGUUUGUUGGAGGGUGGUUUACCCGAGCUGACAUUUGGUACUGUCAACGAUCCAUUACCUCAAGGCUGGGAAGUUGAACACCACGAUAACAUGGGAAGUUUUUAUUGUGGUAAUAUGUCUUGGAUGGGUGCGGACGUUGACUACUUCCCAGCCGCACUUCCAAAUGAUGGUUGUAUGGACAUGGUCACCAUUAAUUAUUCAAAUCUCAGCCGAUUGCAGGCACUGCAGCUUCUCCCAGCUGUCGAGAGUGGUAAAUUCUUCGGUUUGCCCUACGUUAAUUACCGCAAAGUCGAGGCAUACCGAAUCACUCCAAGGGACCAGUCAGAUGGUUACAUAUCCAUAGACGGCGAGCGUGUGCCGUUUGCACCAUUUCAAGCUGAAGUGCAUCGUGGGUUGGGGACGGUACUUUCAGUAUCGGGCUAUAAGUAUGAGACUCCUGGUCCUCAGUAA